AUGGGGGGGGGGCGUCGACUUCCUGCACUGGCAUGGGUCGGCCUGCUGGAGGGCGAGGGAGGCGGCUUAUCUCUCCGGGUGCUCGGCGGCUUUGGAGGAUACUUCAACAGGCCCUGACAGUGUAAGAAGCUCCAAUGAAAUUGCCCUUGGUCUACUGUAGAGUUUGGAUCCAUCAGCAGUCCUUCCCUUCCCUGUAAAAGGACAGAAGGAAUUGGCUGA